AGGGAUCCAUUGUAACUUGUUUAAUUCUCAUUUUAAUAGUUUUCCUAAGAAAGUCUUAAUUUUGUAGGCAUUCUCUUGAGGAGAAUGACCACCUUCGAAGGGGGAAACGGUAUUGCUUAUAAUAAUCGAUAUAUAGAAAUGUGCCCUGAUCCUCAGACCUUAAGUGUUGUAAAUAAUAACGUAACAAAUUCUGCUGUAUCAAAAUAUGAAGGGGACCACGCCAGUGAACAAAUUGCAGUCGAAGGUGAUUCUAAUGAGGAUGUACCAGUUGUGGACAUUGUAAUUAAUAACGUGGUGUGCAGUUUUAAUGUUAGAUGUCAUCUGAAUCUGCGGCAAAUUGCCUUAAAUGGAGCCAAUGUAGAGUACAGAAGAGAAAAUGGGAUGGUGACAAUGAAGAUCCGGAAACCUUACACCACAGCUAGUAUAUGGUCUUCUGGAAAGAUUACUUGUACCGGUGCUACAAGUGAUGAUGAUGCAAAGAAAGCUUCUAGGAAAUUUGCUAGGAUUCUUCAGCAAUUAGGGUUUAGAGUCAGAUUUACCAAUUACAGGGUUGUCAACGUGUUAGGAACUUGCACAAUGACUUUUGGCAUAAAUUUAAACAAAUUCGCUGAGAAGCAUAGACGUCUUGCCAGUUAUGAACCAGAGCUGCAUCCAGGAGCUACAUACAAAAUUAAAGAGCUUAAGGCAACAUUAAAAAUAUUUACUACUGGAAGCAUAACAAUUACAGCUCCCUGUAUACAAAACGUGCAGUUGGCCGUAGAACAUAUCUUCCCGUUGGUUUACGAAUUCAAAACGCAGAAGCCUCCCUCUAAAAAUGGACUUCCUACACCAUUAGCUGCUGCCAGGCCACCACUUCCUAGAGAUAAAAAAAUAGAGCCCAUCGUAGCCGAAAUCGAGCUCUCCGACGACGACGAUAUCAGCGAUCUCCAAGAUAUGGCAGACAGUGAUUCCAGCUGGGACUAAAAUCCUUUCAGCAGUUCCUUGACUAGUCCAGUCAUUCAAGAAAUUUGUAGAUGUGUACAACAAAUUGGGGAUUCUUUCCUUUGUUAAUUUAAUUCCAUUAAAGAGAGUGGAUGGAUUGGCGGGUGUAUUUACCCAGAUUUGGUAUUGUGAUGUUUUCCAAGAAGCAGUGACAAGACAUUUUUGUAUUACAGUGGUUAAACAAAUUAAUUGAUCGGUUCCAUUGUUUGAUAUCAUCGUUUCCGAUCGUAUGAAUGAUGUGCCGAUGUUUCGUUUUCUCCCCCUUAAUAGUGUUUCAUUCGCAUUAGGAGUUUUAAUUGUGGAUUAUAUGAAUUUUUCUUUCAUGUGGAUCAAGUCCUUAAUUUAUUAUUUUUGAAUUCCUGAAGGAAUUUUUAUUUAUCUUCCGAUCAAUGUUUUAAAACUGUGCAUCAAAUAGUUUGUAUGGCAUUUUUUUUUUCAUGAUAAUUUGUCCUCCAUUGGCCCUUUUGUUCCUCAAUAAAUAGUAUGAACUUUCAAUCUUUAACAUGAAUUUUAGUAGAUAUGAACAAUGUGCAUUAGCUGAUAAAAAAACAUUAAGUUGGGUAAUUUAAUUUAGAAACUAGUGUGCGUCUUUUUCAAAUAAAUCUUUGUUUAAAUGCCGGAAGUUAAAGCCGAAAGUAAUUGGCAGCAUAUGCCAAAAGAGAUAACUGUGCACAAUCGCCUGAUUGUUCAUUUACAGUCAUCUAGUCUGCUCUACCAUCAUGUAACAUUUAGUGUAGUGUCAUUUCGAAUGUGUUGUCUUCUAAUUUAAAAUGUAGUGGCAUUCUAUUCGUGCUUUUAAUUAUUGUGCAAUUCCUACUUCAAGUAUCAUGCUUUUUUUCCCCCUUCCUAACCUGACUUUAUAUGCCUUUUCAUUUUCACUAGUUUAGUGUCAAACUGCAUUAUUUAUCUUUGUACUCUUAUUUAUAACACUUUUCAAUACACAUAAACUUUAAAAUAUCCUGUUUUUUAUUGUUUCAUCUGCAAUAUGGUUUGCUCUCCGUUAUCCUAGGAAUGUUUUUCUUCCCUCUUUAAACCUUUAUUCAAGUGAUUAUUUUUUAAUUAAUGCAUUUCUUAAUUGUACAAAAAAAAUUAUAUCUUGUGUUUCUUUUAUAAUAAAGAAUCUCAUUAUUGUAUUAAAUA